GCGCGAAUUGCAAAGACUGCACGAUGGGCAAGGCAUGCCGCGAUAUGGCGGAAGCAUUGCGCGACUGCAUGUGUGAGAAGGAAUGCAUGAGCGACGGAACGAAGACCCUGAAGGAAUGCUUGCGAAUGGAGGAGUUCCGACACGAGUGCAAAGAGUACCGCCUCGCGUAUUUUGAAUGCAAGCGUGGACAAAUCGACAUGAGACAGCGUAUUCGCGGCCCGAAAGGUGGCGCCACGAACACGUAGAAGUCUAUCGCUACUGAGCCUGCUAAUAAACCUCCUCCGACCCUAUUCCUGCAA